AUGGCAUCAAGAAACAUUCCCAUGGAAGUAACCAUAAUUAUCCUAUCCCAUUUACCUGUCAAAUCUCUAUCUCGAUUCAAAUGCGUAUGCAAGUCCUGGAAAAACCUCAUUGAAACUCCAGGUUUCUUCAAACUUCAUCUCACCCGAUCCCUCAAAGUCAGCUCCUACAAUUGCUCUCUUAUCCUCACAAUUUAUCGUACCCUCACGAUAAAUGGUUCCCCUACCAUUGUCCGUACCCUCUACCGUGCUUACCCUGAGCUUAAUGACACCAAACUCAAAAUCAACAAGCUGGCUUUGCCUCCGUCUUUUAGCCCAUCCCUCGAAAGUGUUAGAAGAUACAAAACCUAUUAUGGAAACAGAACUGAAAAGCUAGCCUUUGGGAGUGAUGUGAUUGCUGGGUCUUGCAAAGGGUUGGUUUUGAUAUUAAGUGGAACACACCACAUUGCGGUCUGCAACCCAACUAUUGAGCAAGCUGGGUUUAAACUACUACCUUGCAUAAGCUAUAAUUAUGAUUCUUAUGACUAUUAUCAUGAGAGUCAUUAUCAGUAUUACCGCUUGUACUAUGAGAAUCAAAUGUACCCACGCUGUGCGUGUCGAAGUUUUGAUUUCAGGGUUUACGGGCUUGGCUAUGAUAGCUAUAGCCGUUGCUUUAAGAUUGUGACGUUAACUUCAACAAGUGCUCUCAUUCUUAGUGUAAUGAAGAAAAGCCAGUCAUGGAGGGAGAUGAACCUGCCUGAUAUCAAGCACAAUGUCCCUACUUAUGCAGGGAAUUGGGAAGAAAAGUUGUAUAUCCGGGCAUACGACCAUGGAAUCCCAACCAACAACCACUUACACUGGAAUAUAACCAAGUAUGAUCCAUUGGUUUUUGAAUACUCGAGGGAAAUAAUCCUGAGCUUUGACCUUCACAAUGAAGAAUGGGGUGAAGUGCCAAUACCAGAUGUAUUAGAUCAAGGAUAUUUUUUGCAUGGCUACAUAUCAAAGCCUUACAUUAUAGAGCAUGGAGUGCUAAGUGAAUGCUUAUGCCUCUUGAUAUCUAAGGGUAUAAGUUAUCCUUAUCUCGAGUUGUGGAUUAUGAAAGAGUAUGGAGUGAAGGAGUCGUGGACAAAGUUGUGUAAUGUCCCCAUUGGAAGUGGAAUUCCUCUGGUUUAUCACACAGAGCGACAUGAAUUUUUGUUGCCAGGAAUCCAGCAUGGUUUGGGUUGGUAUAAUCCACAAGAGAACAGGAUAAGGAAGGUUGAGUUUCAUGGUUGUGAGUUUACCGGAGAGCAUUACUAUUCUACCAGAGUAAAAACAUCUUCUCCUGUGCCUGUUAGUAUGGGUGUAGUUUUUGGGACAGACUUUCAGUAUUUUCUAAGUAAUUCUGCAAUGCUACUGUGCAUUGGGAGAUAA